AUGGAGACUCGCAAGGGCUGCUGCCACAGAUUCAGGAGGAUGCUGUGUCUAGGAGCUAAUGAGGACCAGGAACAACAGUGUGAUGAGAAUGCAGUGGUCCUGAAGGCUGGAGAGGAAGGAGGCAAGAAAGGGCUUGUACAGAGCGAGCUUGCGCAGGGUGAGCUUGAUCAGGGCGAACUUGCUCUGAGCGAACUUCCCCCAAGCAAGCCUGUUCAAGAAGAGCUUGCUGAGUCCGAUCUUGCUCAAGAAUCCACAGGAAUGGUCGAGGAAGAAAACAAAGAAGAAGAAAUGGAAGGAGCACAUGCUGGCGAUGGUAGUUCUGGCCCCAUGGACAAGGGGAUCCAGGCAGAAGGUGGCCAUGGCAGCAGUGUUCAAAAGCAGCCUCAGCAAGAGGCGGCAAUGCCUGAGGGCACCAAGAGUCUCCAGGCUGGGGACAGGCUGCCUUUCCAGAGACGCACCAGAUUCACCCAGUCUCAGCUGCAGGAACUGGAGCGUCUUUUUGAAGAGACUCGCUUCCCCAGCUUUCAAGUAAGGAAGGAACUUGCAAUAUCUAUGGGUGUGCCGGAAGCAGAUGUGCAGGAUUGGUUUAGGACCAGGAGAGCCAUUUUCAGGAGAAGCAAUAGAAUGGUGGUGCUGAUUGAUGCACCACCUGGUCCUCAGAACAACGAUCCCUGAAGAUUUUAGAGCAGCACUUUACUGCCAACUCUGUCCAAGAACCAGAUGUCAUGGAACCUGGCCCUGCCCCCAGUGUCUCAGCCAGACAUGCUGGCCAUGACAUCC